AUUCAAGCCUGGGUUGGAGAGGUGCGAAGCAUGGCGUUCCGUAUGGAGGAGGCGAGCAUCUCGGUCAGCGAGCAAGACAAGAUCCUCGCGAUCACUCUCGGUCUCCCCCCUUCCUUCGACGGUGUCAUUAUCUCCCUCGACGCUACCCCUACCGAGCAACUCACACUCGACGUCGUGAUCUCGAGGCUGUUGAACGAUGAGGUCCGUCAGAUGAGUACCAUCCCUGCGCCUUCCGAGACUCCUGCACACGAUCCUGUGGCGGCGGCCGCUAUGCGCUCUGAAGUCCUGCCGAAGGCGAAGAUCACCUGCUUCUUCUGUGACAAGCAAGGUCACUACAAGUCGGAGUGCCCUGAUCGAGCAGCCUGGGAGGCUUCGAAGACGAAG